AUGUCAGCAGCGAACCUAGCCCAGCUGUUGGCCCAAUGGGUACGGGAAGCGGGCAUUGACGAUCAGCAAGAGUAUGAGGCAAUGCUGUGGAACAAGACUAAAGAGGUCAUGGCAGAAUUUGUGAAUUACAUGGACGACGACAACAUAAUACCGUAUGCAGCGAACUGUGAUAACGCCGGAUGGGAGCACCACGGGUAUAAGGACGGUUCGCAGGGAGUAGGACAAAAGGUCGGCGAUAAAAUUAUAUGCGUACUUAUGGUAGGGGCAUUAUUUUUCAUGAAUUGGAGGCGUGGUGCAAAACCGGUUAGCGCACAGGAGGAUGACACCAGUGCAAGAAUAACGGAGCAUUUACGCUGCAUAAUAGUACAUAUGUUUAGCGCCGUAUUAAACGAAUCCGUGUGUCCAAGCGACUGGGGAACAUUUUAUGCAUGGUACCAAAUGAAAGGGAUGGGGCGUGGGAAAGGAGGUUUUCCGGCAGGUUUAAUACAGAGGGGAAUAUGUGACAGAGAAAUAGUCGCGGAUGGGAAAAUAGGGGAACUUAAGUUAAAUGCAGCAGUCAAAGACUGGUUAGGGCAAAAUACGAGACUCAAACAGCGGCUUCAGACAAUGAAGGGAACUAAAACAUGUCAGAAGAAAUGGCAGCCGGGAUGGAAAAUAGCGGAUUUAUUGGAUAACAACGAUAUGGAGCAUAAUGACACCUUAGGCAUUACUCAGAUAGUCGGCCAGUUGAGGGCCAGCAUGAAGGACAUAUUGCAGGAACUCGCGAGCGACCUGCAGCAAACUACACAAAAGAAGGCUCAGGACGAGACGCAGACGUCAGCGACGGAUGACAAAAACGGGGAGGCAGUAACGACGGCUACUGUGCCGGCUGCAACAACAGGAUCGACAGAGAAGGCAACGAGCACGACGGCAGACGCGCCGACACCAGGAGCAAACGUAGCAAGGAAGGACUCGGAGGAUGACGAACCACCAGCCAGACCACCACGACCCCCUAAACCACAGAACGGAAAUGAUCAAGGAGCACCGGGACAGGGAGCAGCAGGAUCGGGGGGCCCAGGACCCGUACCGCAACCCCCACCACCGGCACCACCAGCAUCCAUCUCUCCCCAGGCAGAACCACCAUCAUCAUCGCCGAAGGCAACAGAGGACCUCGCAAGCACACAAUCAGGUAAGACCACAGUAGUAAUUGCAGAAAGCACCAGUGUUCAACAGGAAUCUCCCAGGAGCGCGAACGAAUGUGAGAAAUUGGGGAAUGACCAUACCAAAAUUGGUGAAUGCCUUGAAAAAGUAAUGAACACGGCAGUACCAAAUGUUAGCACUCCUACGGACGAACCCGGUCACGGCGAUGCCGUCGCCGAUGGCACCAACGAUGACCCCCCUGCUCUCAAUCCACCCAAACCACCACCCAACCCGAACCCAAAUCAAUCGGGGAGCAGCCCCAGCGGCCCCGGCGGCGGCACUGGUCCUGGUGGAGGUGGUGUUUCUGGUGGGGAAGCAACGGGCGGUGCGGGUGAUGAACAGGAUGCUGGCGGCGCCGGCAGCGGAAGUGCAGGAGCAGGAGGUAGUAGUGGUGGUGGCGGAGGAGGAGGCGCUGGAGUUGGUGUUUCUGCUGGGGGGGGACAGGGCGGUGGCCAUGGGAAGACCAAGAGUGAGGCCACUGGCGGCUUCGACUUAGAUAACAUAAUUCCACGCCUGACAGCGAAGGCCUUAGGGGGGGGCUUUGUACCACCAACCUUACCAGAAAAUAAAUCCAGUUCAUCCAAUACAGACCAAGAGAAGGCAACGAGCACGACGGCAGACGCGCCGACACCAGGAGCAAACGUAGCAAGGAAGGACUCGGAGGAUGACGAACCACCAGCCAGACCACCACGACCCCCUAAACCACAGAACGGAAAUGAUCAAGGAGCACCGGGACAGGGAGCAGCAGGAUCGGGGGGCCCAGGACCCGUACCGCAACCCCCACCACCGGCACCACCAGCAUCCAUCUCUCCCCAGGCAGAACCACCAUCAUCAUCGCCGAAGGCAACAGAGGACCUCGCAAGCACACAAUCAGGUAAGACCACAGUAGUAAUUGCAGAAAGCACCAGUGUUCAACAGGAAUCUCCCAGGAGCGCGAACGAAUGUGAGAAAUUGGGGAAUGACCAUACCAAAAUUGGUGAAUGCCUUGAAAAAGUAAUGAACACGGCAGUACCAAAUGUUAGCACUCCUACGGACGAACCCGGUCACGGCGAUGCCGUCGCCGAUGGCACCAACGAUGACCCCCCUGCUCUCAAUCCACCCAAACCACCACCCAACCCGAACCCAAAUCAAUCGGGGAGCAGCCCCAGCGGCCCCGGCGGCGGCACUGGUCCUGGUGGAGGUGGUGUUUCUGGUGGGGAAGCAACGGGCGGUGCGGGUGAUGAACAGGAUGCUGGCGGCGCCGGCAGCGGAAGUGCAGGAGCAGGAGGUAGUAGUGGUGGUGGCGGAGGAGGAGGCGCUGGAGUUGGUGUUUCUGCUGGGGGGGGACAGGGCGGUGGCCAUGGGAAGACCAAGAGUGAGGCCACUGGCGGCUUCGACUUAGAUAACAUAAUUCCACGCCUGACAGCGAAGGCCUUAGGGGGGGGCUUUGUACCACCAACCUUACCAGAAAAUAAAUCCAGUUCAUCCAAUACAGACCAAGGUGGGCCGCAUAACGGCCCCUUCUUUCCCGAUCUAACCGCCGACGUCCUUACCGCCACUACUCCCGUACUCUUCUUCCUGUCCGCCGUCACCGUCGCACUUCUGGGUUAUUCCCUCUGGAAGUACUUUGCCUACCUCGCCAAACGACGACGAACGUAUCGAACCGUUCGUGACGUGCCAUCACCUCCACUCGACGAAGAAAUUCUAGACCAUCUACAACGCGGCGACCUACCGCCACCCGAUUACGGGUACACCUUGGUUAGGGAUAGGCAACCUGCGUCAACACCCGCACGCCGCGGACAACGCCCACCACGCGUGAAUCGCCGCACGAUCAUCGAGCUACAUCUAGAAGUGCUCCACGAAUGUGAAGCAGCCGAAUGGGAAAACGUCAAAGACGACUAUUUGCAGAUUGUCUUGGAGGAGUUUGCGCGUGACUUGGAGCGGGACCCGAUUAUGUGCAGUAGAAUCUUGGAUGUUCCGACCUCGCACGCCUCUUUAGCAACCCAUGAUUCGACAACCCUGCAUCCACCCACCGAUUCCGACGGAACAAAUCCAUUACCACCGAAUGCAGACGACCCCGAUCCAUGGCGUUGUAUGGAAACCAUACAGUUAGCAACGGACAAUUGUCCACCUAACGAAGAUGACUCCGAUGCAUGGAGUUGCACGGAAACCAUACAGUUAGCAACGGACCCUUCUGCUUCUAACGAACAGGACCCCGAUCCUUGGAGUUGUAUGGAAACCAUACAUACCGAAACAGAACAGCGUCGUGCUCAUUCCAAACCCGACCACGUGACGUCGUACUGCACCCAUUGGAUUAACUGGAUUGACCGCAGUAAACAUAUUCUGCGGGAGUGCACGACGCAGCCGUGGUUUCUGCAAUUAAAAGCGGAAUGGAAACAAUACCUGCGUGAGCACAUGGCGGCAAACGAGGACAACGUGCAUCGUGAACUAGGUGAAGCGGCAACCGUGCCGAUGAAGAAACUGGACUUGUGGAGAAACUGGGUAGCGCAACAACAUCGGCACAUGCGUAUGUAUGAGGAGGAGUGGUUCCAACAAUUGUUGAAUAAUGUACAGGAGGCGACAGUACCGGCAACGCGCGCAGUACCUGCAGUGGACCACGACUUAGAAGUGGAAAAUGUCAUGGCCGCAGAAGACAUACUAAGAGUGAGAGAUGUACCACGGUCGCAACCACUCCAUGAGCAAUCCUACCAGAAGAAACAACUCAUAGCCAAAUUGUGGAUGCUCCUUCUCGCGGCCGUAAUCGAAGAGUGCGAGCUCGAAAGCCGUCUGCAGGAGACGGAGUUAUAUGUGGAUGAACUACUGGACAAGCUCUGA